AAGUGUGAAUGCGGCAAAAAGAAGAUUUCUAAUGCGAUGCGGUUCGGUGAAUUUUAUGCGAAGUGAAACUUAAACGGUGAAGAGUCGUUCAGAUAAAAUAAGUGGUUUUCAUGCUAUCAUCCCAGCAGGAGGACUCGUAACAGGAUUUUGGAAACUGCUACUCCGCUUCUCCGGUGUUUGUGUGCGCCACAAAAGGGAUAUAAGGAGGGAGCGAGAGCUGUCAGUUGUUGCGAAAAAAGGAUACGAGCUGGUUUUCCCCCAACGGCGUUGACCAACGGAACGGUGUUUUCCUUCUCUUGUGCACGCGGGUUUUUGGCGCGAGGAUAGUUCGUCCUCCAACCGAUUCGGUGUGUGGAAUUACGCUGAAUAUAUAAUUUGUCUGGUGCUGUGGAGGUGUCAAUCGAGCUGCGGAAUAAAAUCCUAUCGAUCGUGCCACAACAAAGUGAUAAGCAGUAGUAGCCUUUCCGUGUUUUGUGUGAUUGUGUUAUUGUCGGGUUUGAAGUAGAAAUUUCAGCACAUUUCCACAGCCGGGAAGCUCGACGUGUGAAAACGGUGGACCGAGUGUGCUAGUGAGCAGUGAAAGAGAAAAAAAUAGUGUAGAAAAGGAGGGAAAAGUGGAUUAUUCAAGCUAAGGAUUACUCACUACGUCACGUGGUGCGAGGAAACCCAUAAUCAGAAAACCGAGUGUUGCAGCUAAUUUUUGCGAGUCGGAAAAGCCGUAAAUACUUCCAAUUCAUCUCUGCCAUUCAUUACACACAAUCGUUGAACAUAAUUCCUGUUCCACAACGGAUGUGUUGUUAGCGGCAGAAUUCCAACAGCGAUCAGCGUGCCCAGCCCUGAGGCCGCGAAUCGGAUGCGUGUUGGUGGAGUGGCCAGGUGCGUAAGAUAGAACGCAACGCGUGGAUUACGUCGAGUCCAAAACGGAUUAUAAAUCGUGCGUCUAAUCGGCCGUCGGUCCUAACGAGGUUUGAAUCACUUCGCGCCCCGGUACCCGCUCUGUGCGUACCGAGUGAAGUGAAUUGUGUUGCGCAGAUAGUUCUCUCCGUUAAACCGCUCACGAAUUGUGCGUCUAGUGAAGAAACGUAUCGCGCCACGCAGCUGUUGUGAAGAGGCCUCGCUUUCCGUUCGGUGCGUCUCCAUUUAACCCGCUGGAAAAGGUGACAGCAACACAACACGCAUCAACACGCGCCAGUGAUAAUAUCGCGCACGGUGCAAAGAAAAACAAACCGACUGGAAGUGUCUUAGGUUCCCGAAAAACAAACGCCGACAUUCAUUGCCCGGGGAGGAUCCCCUCGCGUCAAGUGUUACGCACGAGCGCGUGGUACGCCAGCCGCCAACUCCAGAGACCCAGACCCGUGUUGCCGUCUAAUGACGCGUCAAUCCGGCGCAACGAGCGGAACGCGAUCAAACUGAAGGACUAAAAAUCCACUGACUUUCCUUCGAUUCCUAACGAAGUCUCUCAGUUUUUGAGGGGACACCUCUUUGCCCAGUUCAACCAACGCCAAACAGAAUGACCAACGUACGGUGGCAAAAGGGAAGCCGGCGGGCGGCAGCGGUCAUCCUAGCCGUCCUAUCCUGCGUACUGCUUGCUCCCGCCCCAACGGUCGCCUUUGCGCACAGCGUGUUUAAGGCGCUGGCGAUAGGCACCAGCACGCAGUCCGUGACGUCGAGUACCCUCUCGUGGGAGAAGUUUUCCGGCGCCGAAGCCCAUCUGCAGUAUGCCGUCCGAGUGGCGGAACCCGAGCAGCACUCGAAGGAACACGUUGAAAACGAUCACGUUCACCCACCGAGCUACAUCUGCCGGGUGUUGCUCGAAGGAAUGCACACCGCGGGCCAAACGGUGGCGGGCGAAUCGGGCACCAUCUGUACCGUGGCGGCCCAGCAGGCCGAGGUAGAACGUCACCAUGCGUUCGAGAUCCUGAUCAAUAUGGGCGGCGGGGGUAGGCUCCUCUGGCAGUCGUGGGACCGUUACCAUGCGGGAAUCAUCGGCGGGGCCGUCAGUUCCGGCACAGGCAAGUCCAAUGACUACUACAUCGCACGCAUCCGACCUGGCCAUGGUGUACACCAGCAGCAGCAUCACCACCAUGGACACAAUUUGUACGCUAUUGGCAAUUUCGACCCGAGUGUGAGCCUCAGCGGACGCAUCUUCGCCCCGCUACCGGAUUCAAAGACGAGCACGCUACACGAACAGGGUGAAAUUUUGGUCGAAAUCGAACCGGUCAGGUACGAACUACAUCAGAUCAAGCUGAUGAAAGUACGGACCGUUGUUAAGAAAAACGCUACCGUUUUGGGAUCGACGAUCCUUUCCAACACGGACGACAAGACCAGCCAGGCGGAAACGGUCAUCACGUACGACUUCAAGAAGGAAAUUUACUGGGGUAAGCACGAGGGCGUCGUGCAGGGUCUCAACACGAAGGUGUUCGACUCGCGCGCCCCUCAGGCGACUAACGUGACCUGGGGCAUCAAGAACUCCGAACGUCGGUUUGAGACGAAGGCAGUGAAUACAGUGCUGGAACCGGGGACGGCCAUAAAUGUGACGCUAUUUGGAAACUACACCGAAAUGGAAGCACCAUACACGGCCACACUGAAGGCGUACUAUGACGAUAAACCCGAUCCCGUCAGUCGAAAAAUUACAACAACGAUGGUUAGCCGGGACAUGGAAGACGUAAAGAUCGAGUUCAGCCCGGUGUACUGGAUCGAGAAUGGUACGCUCGUGCCAACGACAACAACGACGACCACCACCACAACCACCACCACAACGACAACGACGACCACAACGUCCACCACGGAGGCCACGACCAGCCUGCGUCCGGUACCGAUCAACAGCACGCCAACCGAAGGCGGUAACGUGAUCGACGAGGACGGCAUGAGCAACGAGAUUGGCCACGCACCGUCCACCAGCCGGGACAUGAAGGACAUCCAGAGUGCGCCGAAGGCCGACAUCAACAAGCACGCCGACCAUAGCCAACCGUCCGCCGGCGUUCGAACGUCGGCCUUUACCCAACCGAUGAGCAGCCUAUGGUUACUCCUGGCAGUGAUGUUGCUUUUCCAGCGCUGUUAAAUUAAUCCACCCCAUCCCGGGACACUGCUUUCAAAACCUAUUUAGUCGACAAAAACACCUUACUCUAAGCCGCCACCACCGGAAGAAAGGCCACAUUUCGGUCGACCUUUUUUGCUGCCCCCUCCCUCCCCGCUCAGACCGGGAACGAAAUUCAAAGCGAAAUAUUUCAAUGAAAUAUUUCAAUUCUCCCUCAGAAUCGCUGCUCUCAACCCCAAAACACAUUCUGUUACCCCGGAGGGUAUGUCUCGUUUGUUACGGAAGUCGCGAGGCAGCGGAGAACAAUUUGUUUUUAGUGUGUAAGCAGUCAUUUAAGAAGCAUUUUAUCAUUAAGGCUUGAUUGUAGCACCUCAAGCGCUUUGCGAGGGGCAAAAAUGCGCGAUACGGUUAUCAUUUAGUUGUUUCAUCAUGCUUUCGAGGGAUCGACCGAGAAGAUGCUUGCUACAUCUUCGGAGGAACGUCGGAAAGCCUCUCGCAUUUUAUCGAUAAUUUGAAGAACACAAAACGCUGGUAUCGCAAACGAAUCGAAAAUGGCAAACCAGGUCGAGCCGAGGAAUCUGUUUCAUAGAUGUAAGGAAUUAAACGCUAAGAAACAAUGCUUCGUUGUACAAGGGCAAGAUAGAACGGGGAGAACGCGAAUGGGCAAGCAAAUCGAUGUAAAAUUGUAUGGUUAAAUAAUUUACUUCUUCGUGUACAUAGCAAUCCGACCCUAACCCGUGACCGAGUGAUCCCGAAUUGGUUUUAUUUCUUUCACACACGCGGACAAAACACCAAAAACGUGCGACUCUUCGGUAGCUGUUCUCUAUCGGCAUGAGUUUUCUUGCCUCCCAGCCCCGUCUUAGUAAUGAAAAACACACACAGAUCGCUCGCACCAACGUUGCUGGCUUUCGACGACUUUGUUUAAACAAUUCUGCAAAAACGCGAGUGUCCGCGUCUAGGAAAAGAUUAUAAAAAAAUUCACUUACAAAAAUGCUAAAUGUAACGCUGAUAAAAUACAAAUAAAAGCACAUUCCGUUGAAGCAGAAAAGGAAAACGUGUGGGAAGAACAACAAGUGAUUUCGAGAUAAAAGUUACAGCAACGAUUGUCGGAUGAACGGAAAAAGCAGUAAAUGAAAAGGAUUAAAGAACAAACAAUGUAAUUCUAAAUGUAUACAAACAUAAUGAUUAAACAGUACUGUAAAUGGCUGAAACAAGAAAGUUGCAGAUGAAACCCCAGUUGAACAAAAAAGUAUCCUUUGCAAACACGUGCACGUUGAUUACGAAUAUGUGAGUGAUUCUUCACCACGGAUCGUUUAUAAUAAUUACCUACAGAAACACACAAGUCGUAUUACAGAAUUUUUAGUUUUAUCCUCCAACGAUUAGCAAGCUCGAGUACAUCAAAAAUAUGCAACAGAGAAACUAGCUUAUGAUUUUGUUUAUUUAUUAUAUGAUUAGACCAAUAAGUUUUAGUUUCAAUGUACGUUUUAUCGCAAUAAAGU